AUGCGGUAUACGCUCUUUUUUUCGAUGUGCAUGUUAUGCUUUGGGCUUGUAUGUAUUAUUCAAAAGUAUAAAAUGUCCUCUUUAUCAAUAAUUACAUUUUGCAAUAGUUCCUUAUUCUACGUUUUAAAUAGUUGA